AUGGCGAGAACUUCUUCUGUGAGGCGCAGGAGGGAUCCGCCGUCUCAUCACACCAGACCCCCUCCCCCUCACCCUCCGCCAUCGACUGCGUCUGAACAAUCCGUCGAGACAGAGUGGAAGGAGAUAGGCUGCCACACGGCGAAAUGCGACAUGUGCAAUACACGAAAUGGAACGGGCAUGUCCCGCUGCGAGGGAUGCGGCUGGCAGGCAUGCUACAAAUGUAUCCUUGCCAACGGGUGCAGUCGCACGCAUCGGGGAAACGGGCGCGUCCACACGGGGACUAUCAACCAGACUCUCAUUGCUCGGAUGAGACGUGGCAGGGUAUCAGUCAAGAGGGAAGAGGGUGACGCGGGCCAGUUGAGGAGGAGACAGUCAAGCAAUCUCAAGAAGAUGAAGAAUGAGGAAUAUUCCUCAAAAAUAUCAAGCUCUGCGGACGAUGAGAUCUUAAACGCAGCUCGGAACUUUUUGGCGUUUAGUAUUGAGGCCAUCGGUUUGGCCAUCCGGAAGGACGGCCUUGACCGAGAUCAUUCACCUGGUGUGGCUGCGCCUCGAGACGAGGAAGUUGCGAAUUUCAUAAGUAUGACUACUCGAGAACUGCAUGACUAUGCCCAACAACAAGCCAGUCAUGCUCUUCAGGCUUACCUGGAGCGCAGGGCCAGAGAGACGGAUACUCAGGAUAUUGGCACCUUCUCUGUGACUCAAGGAAAUGUUGACGAAACCACCUUAUCGGACAAAACUCAAAGGCUGAGCGUAAACCGGCUGGUCGAUACGAGCGUUGAUCAACGAGAUGGUUCUCAGCGUAUUAUUCAAUAA